AAGACUCUAGUUAAUAAAAUAUAAGAGAAACCUAUUAUAGAGGGGUUGUAGGCAUCUUUUACGAUCACAAGAACGUAGAGGAUCCCAUGACAUACACUCAAAUGAAAAUCAAGCGGCUAUAAAAGCUCACCGUGCGCUCUUUUCUUCACUCAUGCAGUUUUCAACGCUCUCUCUCUCUCCGUCCUCUCUCUGUGCAAAAAGCUUUGUCACCUUCUGAGUCUUAAUGACUACAUUCUGCACCCGAAAUCAAUACGGUACCUCCAACUUUAAUCUCCACCAAAAAUAAAAGUUUAUUUAAAAACUAAUCGGAAAAGAUCAACGAGAGAGAGUGUGUCUGCGCGCGCCCGUUAAAAAGUUCAUACCUCUGGCUCUCCCCACCAUGGAAACCUUCAGCCUCCUCAGAUACUGGAAAUCAAACCGCGACUGCAGCAGCACCAAUUUCGCCACCUCAGCUCUCCGUUCGUCAACGGACUCCUCCUCCUCCUCCUCCGACGACGACGACGACGACGGGUCCUUCUUCGAUCUCGACUUUAGCGUCGAAUACACCGCCGACGGCCAGGACGAAAAUGCUGUAGAGAACCUCGACGAUACCUCGUCGGAAUCCGGCGAAGAAGCAGCAUCGCCGACGUCGUCUUCGGAGCUGAGCGUUUCUCUGUCGCCCUCCGAUCAUCUCUUCUUCAACGGAGAUCUCAUACCUCUCGAAGAUUCCGAUCCCAAAUCCUCUCAAUUCUCCGUCUCUCUUCUCAAAUCCGCUACUAGAUUUCGCGUCUUCAUGCUCCGCCUCAGGAAACCUAAGUCCGCUCAAAAUCAAAACAAGAACACCAAAUCCUUCGUCAAUUUCAAAGUAGAGGAGGUCCCGAUCGUCUCUCUCUUCAGGAACCCGCUAAAGACGCGGAGAUCUGAUGACGACCUGGUCGAGGAUAAGGUCAAACUCUCGAAAGAGACGGUCCAGAAGUACAUCAACAAGAUCAGGCCCCGAAAUGGCCUCGAAACUGACAAGUCGGCGUUCGUCGGGCAGGCUGCUGCGCGGUUGACCUCCCUCCACGGCGGACAGGUGUCAGCGAAGGGGAGAGAUGACCUCGCUGAGGAGGAUGGGAUUCAGAGCGCCAUUGCUCACUGCAAGAGCUCUUUGAUCAAAGGUUCCCGGUCGCCGUUGGUGCGGUCAAACAGCGAUCAAACCGAUGUUAGAAGUUAG